CAACGACAGGGGGAUAAGUACUUCCGCGUUCGUGUCAGACAUGUUACUGUCAUGGUGAUAUUGACGUCCAUAAACAGAGAGAUAGAUAGUUACUAAGAAUUGUGUGUCCGUUCACAAUACCCAGUGAAGAUAACCAUGUCGGACUACGUAUCGGCGUCCGCCAUCAAGGACCUCCUCACCGAGUGCCCAAUAUGUACUGAACACUUUGAUGAGGUCAGACGGAUACCUCGUCGUAUGCCCUGCUGUGUACAGUCAAUAUGUCAGGCUUGUCUAGAGACGUACAGCGAAGGACUCCCAACGUUAUCAUGUCCCAUGUGUCGACACCAACAUAACCUGCCGGGCGGUGUGAAGUCUCUGCCCAAAGAGCCUAUCAUCCUAAGAAUCCUGGAUCAUCUGAAGAUUGUGAAAGGUCUCCAUCUGCCAUGUACAGAUUGUCCUGAUGGUAACCCUGCCAUGUCCAGAUGUGAUGACUGUGGCGUCUUCCUGUGCCAAGAAUGUCUAAAUGCCCACAAAAGAGUUAAGUCAAUGCGAGAUCACCAAACUGUCAGUUUUGACGACAUGAGGGAACGACCAGUUGAGAGCUUCCGUCGCCUCCAUAAGUGUACACAACAUCACCAGCCUCUACAGUUCUACUGCCACACGUGUGACCAGGUCGUCUGUGUGUCUUGCACAGUAGUGGAACAUGAUAAAGGGAGUGGGCACAACGUUGUGUCCGUUGAAAACGCACAUGAAAGUAAGGCUGCUGAAAAUGAAGACGUCUUGCAGAGAUUAGAUGAGAAGGGCAUAGCUCUUGAAAAAGCAGCUGAAGAUCUACAAAAGAAAUGUGACAGCAUAAAGUCAUCCAGAAGCACUGCCAAAGAUGAUAUCAACAAAGCCUUCACCAAUCUGAUGGAGGCAUUGCAGCAAAGGAAGACUAUCAUGUUGUCAGAAGUUGAUAGAAGGUCAGAUGAAGCUCUGAAGCCAGCAGAGGAGGCAUUGGAUUCCACAGUAACGCUGCUGACUAAUGUGAAGUCUUCUACAGAAUACACGAGACAGAUGAGAGGCAAAGCUGAUAAGAUAGAGGAUCUACAAGUGAUGGGAUCUUCAGCUGCCUCUUUGAAUUCCAUCUUGGCGGAGACACCUAAAGAUGAUGGGUUUGACAGGAUUGGAAUCAGCUUCGUUUCUGCAUGUUUCAAGAAAAUAACAUCAUUGAUGCAGAUAGCUGGCAUUGUCCGAGUAGUAUCAUUUGCUAAGAGACCUGACAACGUCCCUUUGAACAAGAUAUACAAUUCAAUCACUCUGGACCAAGGUACUUUGGAACAAGCAGCAGCAGCAGAAUAUAUGAACCUGGAGCCUGUGGGAGGAAGUGGAAUGUAUUAUGCUGACCUGGAGUGGGACAGCAGCACUGCCAGCGCACAGCUGACGGUGUCGGGGUCUGUUGUCACAAAUAAAAUGCCAGUUCAUCCUCCUCCAGCCUCGAGUUGCCGGCUGCAAUCAAACCGUCGUGUUCUUGCGUCAACACCUCUAGUUGUCGGGAAAGGUCAACGCAUCAUGUGUGCCAUGAGGGUCACAUUCUCUGUCAUAACGCUAGAAGAAAAAGACAAAUUUAUCUUCGAGGCAGCUUUUACUCACAGUCCUAUUGAAUCUACCAAAAUUCAACGUGUAGGAUUGAGUGUACGCAUAUCAACCUGUUCGAAUCAUGACGAGUAAUCGACAACACCCUAACUCCAAACAAGCCUGAUACAUCACACAGUCUGGAUAUCUGUUUCAUACUCGAUGAAGCACAAGACACAAUCCAUGUCCUUGACGUAAGUCACCUGAGAGUCGUCGCAAAGGUUCCUGAAGUCAUGUUUAGAGACCCAUUGUGGCUGAUGAUGUACAGUGGGCUUAAUCAAACCAUACAUGUGUCCUGCGAGUUAUCGCCAAAGAGAGAAAUAGAUUUUGUAGACAAAAUAAAAGACCUACUCUCAGAGAACGGUGACUGACCAAAUAAUUAACAGGGAAAUCUUCAUUUGUUUGAUCAUUGUACCAGUGCGCAUUAAGUGACAAAUUGAACACUGGUUUAACUUGUGUAAAUAUGGUUAUCAGGUGAAAACAUUUACUUAAGAGAAACUCAGAUCCCCAGAGUUUCAUAUAUAUUAUUCACACACCUACUGUGUUAGUGUGAAACAAAUUCGCAAAAUCGCAACGUCAUAAUUACAAGUUUUAUUGCUGGACUCAUGGCUGAGCUAUCGCCGAAAUGUUUGUAACUCACUCGCUGACUUUGUUGAGUUUACUAUGUCACCCUUAGGUGGUUCUUAUAGUCUUGCAAUGAUUAUGUUAUAUACUCCAGCUACACAAAUAACGCCAACCUUUCUCUCAAUACUUAAUUUUAUUUCAAGCUUUUUACACAUUUUCACUUAUUUGGAUUAGCAGUUUCAUAAAUUGACUGAUUAUUUGUGCGAUUGUGGAAUGAAUGGCUUGUGUAUUAUCUUAUCUUAAUUAUGUGUCAAUAAUGUUUUGCUUACUCUUGAUGAUGCAAUUUAAGUUUAUAUUACUUUUCUCAAUAGAAGCAAUGUUCUUACAAUAUUAAAUAUAUUUUUGUAGUUGAGAAACAGAAGUCACAAGAUGUCUAUAAUAUUUGAGAAACCUUUCAUUCAUUUAGCAUCAAAGUUCGAAUGAAAUAAAUAUGAUUCUUAAACAUAUACAUAUACAUGAUUCUUAUUAAUAUACAAUCGAACUUCUAAUUGACAUUCUAUAAUUACCGCCUUUUGUUGAAAAGUAAAUUCUAGGCAAUAUGUUAAAUAACGUCUUACAAAGAUGGUCACGGCUGAAGAUGAGUAUGUGAAGACCUCUGUUUCUGAUAACUUGGCUUACAAGUUUUUUCUCUCUCUUUUGAAGUAGUUUCUGAAAAAAACACUGUAGGUUGAAUGAAAAAAUGAAUAAAUAGAAAACAGAUUUUUAGAACAACAAACAAAAGAGUUACUUGUAUUCUUAAUUGACCUGUUGUCUAAAUCACUGAC